CGAACAGCGCGGGUUGAGUGUGGGACGUCUACAAACCUUAGUCUACUACAAAACCGUCUCUCCCCUCAAGACAAGAUCCUAUAAACUCAGUGUGGAAGGGCCUUUAUGCAUUAAAACCAAUAAUGUGAGAACCCGAUGCAGACCUCGUGUCAUGGACGUUUAAUCGUAUCAACCGCUACAUUUUAUUUGUGUCGUACAUUUGUUUUAACCUGCCGUGAAAUCAUCAAAUUUACACUAACCUUCGGAUACCUGGAUUGUGAUGCGACAAUGUCCCGAGGAAUAUGCCCACGUGUAAACUUCUGCUGGAUUUGGCUGGCUGUUCUGUUUCUGUUGAAAAUAGAGGAUGUUGGCGCGUACAGCUGUCAUGAGGUGAAGACCGCUUUCCAGGUGCGACAGAUCGGUCCGCUGAAGUGGGUACCGGAGACACCUGGGACAGAUGUGGACCUGUUGGUGUGUAAGCACCAGGGCCCGUCCUGCUGCACCCGCAAGAUGGAGGAGAGCUACCAGGCGGCGGUGAGACGAGAGACCCUCCAGAGCGUCCGCUCCUACAGCUUCGAGCUGAAGUACCUUAUCUCCGGCCACGCCACCGCCUUCCAGGACACCUUCCAGUACCUGCUCUCCUUCUCCCAGGGACACCUCUCCUCCCUGCUGGAGGACACCUACUCGCCCCUCUCCCGGGAGGCCCUCCCCCACGUCAACUCCCUGUUCUCCUCCCUCUCCCUCUACAUCCGCGGACACAACCUCUCCCUCGAAGCCGCUGUUGACCGUUUCCACGACAACCUCUUCCCGCUCGUCUACGGGCGCCUGGUCAACCCGGGCGUGGGCAUCGAAGGUGGCUUGUCCGGCGAGCGGGGCGAGUGUCUCCGCGCCACCCGGCAGGACGUCAACCCAUUCGGCCCUCACCCCGAAACACUCGCCCAGGAACUGGGGCGCACCCUGGGCGCCGGGCGAGCCUUAUCCCUGGCCCUCGCCGAAGGCACCGAAGUCAUGAACGCCACCGAACACGUUUCCUUCACCAAAGAGUGUUUACGUGGCUUGACCAAGAUGCAGUACUGCUCGCACUGCCGUGGGCUGACACUGAUCAAGCCGUGCGUGGGCUACUGCCUGAACGUGAUGCGCGGGUGCUUGGCGAGCGUGGCCGAGCUGGACGGGCCGUGGCGGAGGUAUGUGGCGGCGCUGGAGGAGCUGACCAAUGCUGUGGCCGGACAACACAGCCUGGAGCUGGCCCUGCUUGGAGUCAGGGGGCACGUGAACGAGGCCAUACUACACGCACAGCUCCAUGGGCCCACGCUGACCGCUACGGUGGACAAAGUGUGUGGUCUGUCAGCCAAGGAGCCCCGCACCAGCGUCAGCACCAGCAGCCACCCUGACCCCACCCCAGAGGUCACGACCUCCAUGGUGACAUCAUCGACCGUCCCUCCCUCUGUCCCCCCCUCCAUCCCCCCACUGGAACAGCUGAUGGGACAACCUGCCCACCUGAGGAGUUCAUUCCCCCUGAAACCCUCCAAGAACGAUAAACCUAGAAGUCUGAAAAAGAUCUCUAGGGAGUUUCUGAGCUAUAUCCAGCGCUACAAGUCGUUCUUUGCAGUGCUUCCAGAAAUGCUGUGCGAGGGAGAGAUGGUAGUGGAAGACUUUACCUGCUGGAGCGGAGACGAUGUGGUGGAGAGUUAUACAGGCAGAGUGGUGGGGAAUGGUCUCCAGGCCCAGAAGCAGAACCCAGAGGUCAAAGUUCGCAGCCCAAACCCCGAACUGGCCGAGGUGAAGGAGAGGCUGGAGCGCCUCAACCAGGAGAUCCAUGACAUGCUGCCAGGGCUGGUCCAGAGAGAGUCCUGGGGGGAGCUGGGUAGUGGAGACACAGAGGACGGCAGUGGAGACUGUGACGAUGAGGACGGGUGUCAAGGAUCUGGAACGGGGACGGUCAGGAGCUCCCCUGAUGGUCGACCAGAGGUUUCCAGCGACAAACCCGUAGGCACUAACCCAGGUGGUCGCGCUCCCCCGGUGGUGAGGGUGAGAGGUGCAGGGUGCCCCCCUGCCUGUCUGUCUCUACCCACGGCCCUCACCCUCCUCCUGGUCACUCUGGCUCUACAGUGGAGCAUGCUCUGAACACAUCAUAGUGCCCCCUACUGACCUGGCCCCCUCCACACACACAGUACAGACUACACCCCAUCACCACCUCCUAUGUACCCCUACCCCAAUGCACAGACUGGACUGGGGUAGAGGAAGGAGGACGGGUGAAGAAAUGCGAAGAGGACAGAGAGAGAGAAGGAGGAGGGGGUGAAGAGAAGA